AUGCCUGGAAGUUUUAUCAUUCAUAAAAGCGAUGAGAAAGUGAUUGCGAAUCUCGACUCAGGCACUCUAGAAGAAGUCUCAAAGAACGGUUUGAAAUGGCUGUGCAGUUAAAAGUGGUUGCAAUUUAUCGCUCCGCCCACUUUUGAACGAACAUUUCGUAACUUUGGGACCGAAAUGGCUUGCCGGGCUGUCGGAAAAUUUCACAUUUGAGCCCGGGCCGUUGCGAGUCUGAUUUUAAGAUCUCUGAUGUUUUCAGGAAGUGGAGUGUAUCAACUGGAAUGUCUUGGAACGCCACCGCAUCUAAACUCGAGGAAUAUGUGUAUAUGAUGUGGCAAUUCGACUGGGAUGAGCUCAAAAAUCGGAAAGAAAUCGAAAGUUUCAAGGGAACAAUCACUGUCAAGUUGGGCAAUCCCUCUUACGAAUCGAGUGUGAGCCCGCAAACGUUCGACGUUGAAAUUACACGUUCAACUGAAUGGGUCCGUCGACGUUAUUUACCUGUUACCAGCUGCAAGUAUAGCAACAUCUACCGUUUUUACAAUGACUUCACUCUGGAACCAUUGACCAAAUCGAGCAAUUCGGUCGUUUCGAUAGAAUUUUCGCGCCUUCCGAGUUCUCCGACGUGGCUCUCGUGGUCGAAGGAAAGAAGAUUCACGUCAACAAAGGGGUUAUUUAGUCGUCCAAUCAAAAAUAUAUCAAACGUAAACCCAAUUUUCAGCUUCUCUCCGUCCACUCCAACUACUUCCGUGCUCUUUUCUCUUCAGAUUUCAAGGAAAAGUCGGCGACCGAAAUUCCGAUCGAGGAUGUGGAUUACGAGGAUUUCGCAACCCUUCUGAGCCUCGUCUAUCCGAGCCCAGUUUUCCCGAACGGUGAAUAGUCAAAGCUAAUUCAACAAAAAAAACAGUAAAAUUUUCAGCGAAUGUCGUCGGCAGUAUUCUUGUUCUCGCCGACCGUUUCAUUCUGCCGUCUGUCUCCAAGAUUGUGGAUGCUGACUAUGUCUCGAAUUACGAUCUCGAAUUUGGGCUGAAGAUUUCAAUGGCUGAUAAGUACAACAUGGAGAAACUUCUGAAGCAGUGCGUGGGAGAGAUCACGUGUCAUGACGACGUGAAGAAUCUCUCGAAAAACGCCCUUUUCAUGGAUCUUUCCAACGAGACCAAAGCCAAAAUUCUCAUUCGUUCUCUUUCGUUUUGA